AUGACGGGCAAAGCGGGCGCGGCGCUGGCCCCCAGCCUGCCCGGUAAGCCCAAGCCCGACGGCGCGGCCGCCGCCCCUGCCGCCCCGCCGCCUCCGCCGCCCCCCGUGGCGGGGGCCAAGCCCGGCUCCGGGCCCACCCCUCCCCGUUGCACCGGCUUCGGUAUCCAGGAGAUCCUGGGCUUGAACAAGGAGCCACCGUCGCACCCUCGGGCCGCCCUGGACUCGCUGCCCGCCGGGCACCUGCUAGCGGCCCGCUCCGUGCUCAGCCCCGCCGGGGUGGGCGGCGUGGGCAUGGGGCUGCUGGGGGCGGGCGGCAUCCCCGGCUUCUACACCCAGCCCACCUUCCUGGAGGUGCUCUCCGACCCCCAGAGCGUCCACUUGCAGCCCCUGGCCCGGGCCCCCGGGCAGCUGGACAGCAGCCAGACGGCCAGCUCAGAUUCCGAGGAUGUCUCAUCCAGCGACCGGAAAAUGUCCAAAUCCUCACUAAACCAGAGCAAGAAACGAAAGAAGAGGCGGCACAGGACAAUCUUCACAUCCUACCAACUGGAGGAGCUGGAAAAGGCCUUCAAUGAGGCCCACUAUCCUGACGUAUAUGCUAGAGAGAUGUUGGCCAUGAAAACAGAGUUGCCAGAAGACAGGAUACAGGUUUGGUUCCAGAACCGCCGGGCCAAAUGGCGGAAGAGGGAGAAGUGCUGGGGCAGGAGCAGCGUGAUGGCUGAGUACGGGCUCUAUGGUGCCAUGGUGCGUCACUCCAUCCCGCUGCCCGAGUCCAUCCUCAAGUCUGCCAAGGACGGCAUCAUGGAGUCCUGCGCCCCUUGGCUCCUGGGGAUGCACAAAAAGUCUCUGGAGGCAGCGGCUGAGGCCGGGAGGAAGACGGAGGUGGAGCGCCAGGCCUUGCCCAAGCUUGACAAGGGGGACAAGGAAGAGAGGGGCCUGGAUCCCAAAACCACCAUUUCCCAGGAGGAACUGAGAGAAAACAGUAUUGCUGCCCUCAGGGCCAAAGCUCAGGAGCACAGCACCAAAGUCCUGGGGACCAUCACUGGGGACACCCCGGCCUCGGGCAGGAAACCGGAGACCAGGGAGGAGGCAGCAGUGGUGGAGGAUGAGAGACAGACGGAGAAGUUGAAUUUGUCGCAGAAGGAGGAGAAGCUGAUCUGA